CCUCGGCUGGCCGCCAUCUUGUUGUUGAUCCGUACCUAGUGGGCAGCGCCGGGAGCUGGACCGAGCGGCCGGUGCGGGGCCGCUGCUGCGGGGCUCAGCCAUCUGCGCUGCCUGCCAGGGGGCGGGCCGAAACCUGGAGGCCCGGGGGGCCCAGCUCCCGUGGGGAGCCGUGGGCGCCCGCUGCCCGGGCCGGGCCGGCGUGGUGUCUGUCUGUUUUGAGGGGGACAGUGAUGGUUACAUCAACUUGGUGGCCUACCCUUAUGUGGAAAGUGAGACCGUGGAGCAGGAUGACACACCAGAGCGGGAACAACCUCGGCGCAAGCACUCCCGCCGGAGCCUGCAUCGGUCAAGCAGUGGCAGUGACCACAAGGAGGAGAAAGCCAGCCUGUCCUUUGAGACCUCUGAGAGCUCCCAGGAGGCAAAGAGUCCAAAGGUGGAGCUGCACAGCCACUCGGAAGUCCCUUUCCAGAUGCUAGAUGGCAACAGCGGUGUGAGCUCUGAGAAGAUCAGCCACAACCCCUGGAGCCUGCGCUGUCACAAGCAGCAGCUGAGCCGAAUGCGCUCCGAGUCCAAGGACCGAAAGCUCUACAAGUUCCUCCUGCUUGAGAACGUGGUGCACCACUUCAAGUACCCCUGUGUACUGGACUUGAAGAUGGGCACCCGGCAGCAUGGUGAUGACGCAUCCGCUGAGAAGGCGGCUCGGCAGAUGAGGAAAUGUGAGCAGAGUACGUCAGCUACGCUGGGUGUCAGGGUCUGUGGUAUGCAGGUGUACCAGCUGGACACAGGGCAUUACCUCUGCAGGAACAAAUACUAUGGCCGCGGGCUCUCCAUUGAAGGCUUCCGCAGCGCCCUCUAUCAGUACCUGCACAAUGGCCUCGACCUGCGGCGUGACCUUUUUGAGCCCAUCCUGAGCAAACUGCGGGGCCUGAAAGCGGUGCUGGAGCGGCAGGCCUCCUACCGCUUCUACUCCAGCUCCCUGCUUGUCAUCUAUGAUGGCAAGGAGUGCCGGGCUGAGUCCUACCUGGACCGCCGGUCCGAGACGCGUCUCAAGCAUGUGGACACAGGGCUGCCUGAGGUGGCAUCACCCUGUGGGCCUAGCACCAGCCCCAGCAGCACCAGUCCUGAGCAGGCGGGCCCCUCCUCUCCACCCAAGGUGGAUGUCCGCAUGAUCGACUUUGCACACAGUACGUUCAAGGGCUUCCGGGAUGACCCCACCGUGCAUGAUGGGCCGGACCGAGGCUAUGUGUUUGGCCUGGAGAACCUCAUCAGCAUCAUGGAACAGAUGCGGGACGAGAACCAGUAGGCCCAGCUCUGGGCCCCCAGCACCCCUUCCUCUCCACCCGCAGGCAGGGACCAUUAUCUGAACUCGCCGUGAGGACACAGACUUGCUUUUAAAGGGUUAUAUUUCUCUUUGGUGUAAACUAAAAGAAAUGUUUUUAGCUGUAGCCUGGAGUCCAUAUAUAUAAAGUGAAGGAGGGCAGAACACACAUCCUCUCAGCCAGGCUCCUUAGCUCCCCAGUUCUGACUGCUGUGUCCAGGCUGACUUAGGAAGGAAGAGGUGCCCUUGGUAGACUUGGCAGCGUGGACAGGGUGCCCUUGGACAUUGGUUUCUCUUGCCUGGGUUUUCGGGGUCUGUGGCUAUAGGGCCCUGCUGGUUGCAGGGUGAAGCCCUGGGCUGAUACAGGGCCCCUCCAUGCCCACUUAUCCCUUGUUCCUCAGUAGUAGAGGGCUUGGGUACCCAUGUCUUGGGGUCCGUUCUAGUGUUGUGGGUGUCAGCCGCUCUUUGAUGCCCCCAGGGCACUACAAGGCCAGUUGCACCUAGCUGGACCCGUCCUUCUUGGUUCUGACCUUGGCAUGAGGCUGGAUUUGUGAAACUGGGCGGAAGUCAGCUUACGACGGGGCAGGCUGUGGGGUCCCCAGGCACCCUUUGGCACUAGAACCUGUUCCUCCCCCUGCCUGCACACCCCAGCCAGCCUUUCUCACCAAGAUCCCUUGCCUAAGGAGUCUGCAUUCUCUUGCCCCACUGCGGGGGGCCUGCUUAUUUGCUGAGGAGAGGCAGUGCCCCAGCAGGCCUCAGGGCCCCUGGCGGCUCGGCCCGGACGGUAUUUGCAGUUCUUGUGCUGUGGGUGGGAGUCCGCUUCCUCUGGCUUGGGCAGCUGUGCUGCCUCUGGGUGGGCUGCUCUUCCCGGGGCUCAGGGGCUCACCUUUCCCCAGGCCAAGCUUCCGGCAGCAGCCCAUUGUGAGGAGCUUCUGGCUUGAGAGGGAGAACUUGCGCUUACGGACAUUGUCUGUGCUCUGGGUGCAGGUGCUCAGAUUCUGCUAAGGAGAGUUUUGUCUUAACAGUCCUGGGGUGCGUCCGUCUGUCCAUUUGUCCAUCUGCCAGCCCCUGUCUCUUGGGAUCCUUCCCCUGGGGCAUAGCCUUGUUCAUUAGUAAAUACUGAUUUCCUUCAUGCUUUCCUCAGCAAAACAUCCUCUUUCUCAUUUCUGAGGUGAGUUUUUGCCCCUGUGCCCUUCCUCAGCAGGUAGGUGCUACCUUUUUACAAAGAACUGGUAGCAAAAUGAAUUGUAGGUAUUUCCCUGCUGGCCCAUCAACCUCUCUGUUGGCCUAGAGUGUGGCCCCCUCAACAC